UCGGCGCGGCCCCGACACGGCACGCCUCCGGACAGCUCGCGCCCCGCCUCGUUGGGCCUCACGUCCGGCCGGGAGCCCGGAGUGCAGGUCCUAAUCUGAAGGAGUGGCUGAGGGAGCAGUUUUGUGACCAUCCGCUGGAGCACUGUGAGGACACGAGGCUCCAUGACGCAGCGUACGUGGGGGACCUGCAGACCCUCAGGAGCCUGCUGCAAGAGGAGAGCUACCGCAGGUGAGCCUCACUGUCCGGGGCUGGCCCAGUGCUGCCGGAAGCCGAGCCGCAUCAACGAGAAGUCUGUCUGGUGCUGUGGCUGGCUCCCCUGCACACCGCUGAGAAUCGCGGCCACUGCGGGCCACGGGAACUGUGUGGACUUCCUUAUCCGGAAAGGGGCCGAGGUGGAUCUCGUGGACGUAAAAGGACAGACUGCCCUGUACGUGGCUGUGGUGAAUGGACAUCUGGAGAGCGCCCAGAUCCUCCUGGAAGCUGGCGCCGACCCUAACGGAAGCCGGCACCACCGCAGCACCCCCGUCUACCAUGCCUCGCGCGUGGGCAGGGCCGACAUUCUGAAGGCCCUCAUCAGGUAUGGGGCUGACGUCGACGUCAACCACCACCUGACUCCUGACAUCCGGCCCCCUUUCUCCCGGCGCCUCACCUCCUUGGUGGUCUGCCCCUUGUAUAUCAGCGCAGCCUACCACAACCUCCAGUGCUUCAAGCUGCUUCUCCAGGCGGGGGCGAACCCCGACUUCAACUGCAAUGGUCCCGUCAACACGCAGGGCUUCUACAGGGGCUCCCCUGGGUGUGUCAUGGAUGCCGUCCUGCGUCAUGGCUGUGAGGCGGCCUUCGUGAGCCUGCUUGUAGAGUUUGGAGCCAACCUGAACCUGGUGAAGUGGGAAUCCUUGGGCCCAGAGUCGAGAGGCAGAAGGAAGGUGGACCCCGAGGCACUGCAGGUCUUUAAAGAGGCCAGAAGUGUCCCCAGGACCUUGCUGAAUCUGUGCCGUGUGGCCGUGAGAAGAGCUCUUGGCAAAUACCGACUCCAUCUGAUUCCCUCGCUGCCUCUGCCAGACCCCAUAAAAAAGUUUCUGCUUUAUGAGUAGAAUGCGAGUGCGGCGGUGGACUGCAGGGAGGAGGAAAGUGACCUGCAGUGAAAGUUGACACCGAUUCUUGCCCCGUGAACCACAUCCUGUCUGUGCUGCUGACGGAAACCCGUUUGGCUGUUGGUAAAGCAGAAACGGCCUUGUUCUCCUGGAUUGUAAUUCCAUCUCAGGUGCUUGGGGCAUUGGACACUCCUGGGGUCAUUGUCAGCUGAAAAGUUCAUACAAAACUUCAUUUCGUUCUUCCUCAAUAUCUCUGUUUUGGAUUCUCACGGUAGCGUAUUCAUGAAGUGGGCCUUGCGGUGUGUGUAAGUACGGGCUGAGGUUGGAGACCUGCUAAUAGCUCCCGUGGGGAAGACUCCUAGCACUUUCCAGAACUGUGCUUCUGUUUAUAUUUUUACUUCUCAAUUUAAUUAUUUGAUUAAAGCCUUCUAAUACCUAAAUGAAAAGAGAGUUUUGGUAAAAAAAAAAAAAAAAAAAAAAAAAAAGAGAGAGAGUACAGAAAUGCAGUUCAUGGACUUGCUAGUUUGUUUUCCCUACUCCUUGGGGUGACAUGUGGCAUGUGUCUACACUCACCCCUUCUUGCCACUUCCGUGUUCUCUUCUUGUGGCAGUGUCCUCUGUUAACUGUCUUCCUUCCAGGAUGGUUUCUUGGCUGCAUGGACCGGCUGUGUGAGCUCAGUCAGUCCCUGCCUUUGUUCCAAGUCUACAGGGAGAACCUUCCUCAGUGCCACACCUGUUCUCAUACCGACCUGUGCCUCGCGUCACGCCAGCAGGUCUCGUGAACUCUCUGCCCUUUCCCUUUGAGGAGCUUCCAGACACGGAUUGAUUUUAGGAGGCCCGCACUGAAGAACUAGCCAGUAAAAUGACUGCCUACUUUUGGACCAAGGACCGCUCCAACAGCAUUCACUGCCAGUUCUAACUGACGGAGCACCUGCGGCGCUCCAGGACGGGGAGAUUCCCUUGUCCUCUGGUUGGUUCCAGGCUUUCCGUUGCUUAGUGUCCAGUGGACAAAACAUCUGGCAUUUGGUUGAUUGCUCUUUACCUUUUUGGACUUAAUGUCUUGGUAGUUGCUCCUAGAACGUGAGGACAGGGGCAGCAGUGAGUCAGAAGUCUUCCCCUGGGCCUCCUGGGGGUGCUGGUAGGUGAGAUGAGCUGAGGUGAGAUGGGCAGGGUUCUCACACACGGGCUGUGCAGCUCAUUCUGGUUGUGUCCGAGGAGGUGGGCCAUCGGCUGCCUCUUCAGAGCUCUCCAGGUGAUGCUGUUUCCUGGGAAACCACGUCUGGUAGUUGGAAGCCUCUGAUGACCAUUGUGUGGAAUCGUAAUUCUAACCUUCAGACUUGUUUGGGAGUGGGCAGAUUUCAAAUCUGUGUUUAGGUUUUCUGUCCUAAGAGCUAUCGAAUUUGUAAUAAUUGAAUUAGUGAUACAGAUUUACUUAAUUACUAACAGCAUUGUAGGUUUUAGCCGAGGAGAUAGGCAGUGUCUUUCAUUGUCUUACGCGGCUUGAGGAUAGAAUUCUAAACCCCACCUCGUGUCCCGGACGGCUCUCCUGAACACCGGGCUGUGUGACCUGUAGGUGCGUGUGUGAGGUCGGAGCGGAGAAGAGGCCCUGGAUGAUUCAGAGGGAAGACACAAUCAUUGGAGGCUCCACGUGGUUACAGUGACCCUAUCACAAGCUGUGGCCAUAGUGUAAGUGUGGGAUGGCUGUGUGAGCCCGAGAUGGGGCUUGUGCGCUGCUGCUGAAGGCCUGGUUCCCUGUCCGGCUGGGCUGAUGCAGAGCUGGGGGCCGGUCAGAGCAACGCUGUGAGCUGCGGGUUGUGGGUAGCUGAUGUGGGUCCUUAGAGCCAGAGCCAAGUGCCACAAAGGCUUCAGCUGAGAAGGGAUUCGGGGUGUUCUUCGUGGCAUUCAGGGUGGGACCAGGACCACUGUUAGGCUCUGGCAGGAGCUGUGGGGAGGUAGGGCUCCCUGGAUAUAGGGAAGUUUGAGCCACCCAGGGGUGGACUGGGCUGCUGGCAGGAGCUUCAUGUUACUAGAGGUGGGAAAGCAGUGGCUGGUCACCUUCUCGGUGACCCCUGAGUGGCUGAGAUAGGAGUUUCUGGAGUGUGUGGUAGUUCACCUUACUUUUCAGCUCUUCCAGCACUGUGUCCCCCUGCCUCGGCUCUUUUGGCUCAGGUUCUGUCCAGGUAGGCCAUGUUAUAGACGCGUGACACGCUCUGAGUCUACCCCACUGGGUGCUUUCUGCAGAGGCGUGUUAGGACAGGGUCCCCCCAGCCAGUGCAGAAGUCUCGUGCAUGUAGGCACGACUUUCGGGCUGCACAGAGGCAAGGGCCCAGUGCAGAGCGGUGUCAGGGUCUGCUGCCCAGUGAAGCAAGGGCAGGGCUUCGUUCGGGGGGAUUGAACCAUUUUUCAAUCUAAAAGGGUCUAAAAGGAAUGGACUGAGUUGCUUCUCAUAGUUGGGUCUCCCCCAGAUCUGGCCAGGGAGAUAGUGUGAGUUGGGAGAGGGUGAGCCAGGGAACAGGGACUCUCCUGCUCUGCCCCUCGAAUGUGCUGUGCUCCUGGCCAGUCUGCGGGGGACCGGGGCCCCCACUCUUCCUUUGCAGAGCACAGGUCUGAUUGUUUGUUCAGCCGGACUUUGCUGAUGCUUUUCGAAUCCUGAGGACUGUUAGGUUCAGCCUCUAGUUUGAAACUUCAUAGCUGCCAAACAUGAAACUCAGGACAAUGUCGCUGGUCGCUUGUGGUCAUUCCUGCUUGUUUGACACUUCACUUCACUGAGGCUCCCUUUCCUUCCGUUGGCUGGGAUGGGAUGCUGAAGAGGAAAGAGGAGCUCCGUUAGAACACUGUAUGAAAUCAUGUUUCUUAGGCAUGGGGCCCCCAGGUCCCCUGUAGCCAGGAAACGUGGUGGGACUCGAAGAGGCUGCUGCCCGGCAGGCCCCGGAGCUCUCCCUAGGGAGGGUGCAACGGACCAGUGGGAGUGAGCUGGAGUGUCCCCCCAGCCUGGUCCCAGGAGUGUCCCGACUGUUCCCACUCAUGGGACACCUCCUGGCCGUUGAACAGCGUCCUGCUGCGGGCCUUGGCUGCUGUGUUCAGAUGGGCCGGGAUUGGGGUCGGGGGCAGUGUUGAUAACCUCUGAGAAUUCCGCUCUGGCAUCCUGGGCGCGAAGUUUGAGUCUGUUUCCCAGAGCCGUCCGUGUCACGCGUGGCUGUGCCUUUUCGUAUUACUUUUGUUAUUUAUAUAUUUAUUUAUUUAUUUAUUUAUGUCUUGCCUUGUUCCAGAAAAGUGUUUAAGGCAGCAAUGCUUGGUUUUUGAUGUUCUCUUUUGGCAUUUUGGUAAGUUUCUGUCAGCAUGUACUUGUUAGGUGAUUUUAAAAAGAGGACAAUUAGCAGUUUCCUAGUGGUGUUAUGUUUCUGUUUUCAGGCGUAAGUGCCAUCCGUUUUCCUUUUUUCCCUCUUCUCUGAAUUGGUUUUUUGAGUCGAAGGUUCGUGCAGAAGUAGAAGGGGAGGCACAGCAGCAGGCAGAGGUCCGAGCAAAGGAGACUCAGCCAUAGACAGAAGUGCUUUGCCUGCGCUUUUCCACGCACGGCCGCGUGGCCGGGGCGGGCUCCAGGCUGUGGUGCGAGUGCGUGGCCUCCCCGCUCGCGCUGUAGCGCUCCGACUGUGCCCGCCCACAGGACGUGUGCAAAAACACUUUGUACUGAGCAGUCCCUGUGACUAUAAACUGCUGUCGUGACUGUUGUCCCUCUUCUCAGUGGAUGUGCACUGGAGGUGAUGACGGUGCUGGAAGGGCCUGUGACCUUGGGGCGCACGGGGCAGGGACGGUCAUGGGGGCCCGCAGCGUAGGCCCUUGGCACAGAGGGCUCUGUGAAGGUCAGUAAAUACAAGGACACGUAUUAAAUACCUUAUGAAGUAAGUUUAUUCAACCUAAAGGUUUAUAUUUUAUUUCGAGAUAAUGUCCUUCCUAAUUUGGGUGAUAACGUGUACUUUUAUGUAAUGAAGGUGGUAAUAGAGGGCAAUAUUUUUAUUUUUUAAAAUGCUCUUGAUUGGAAGAUAAAAUGUUGGCUGCUCUUUGUCAAGCCCCAGAAUUUCUUCUAAGCCUGCCAGUCUCUGAAGUCACAGAGUCAGGGAACCCCAGUCUAGCUACAGUGUAUGUUUACGUGAUGUGAGAAAUUCCUCUUGGAUUCUUAAAACAGCGUGUUCGCUGUUGCAUUUCUGCUGUCUCGUAGUCCAAGAGCAAGCUCGAGAUCACUGUGCGCAGUGUGGGGAAGGCGUGCUUAUGGUCUGGCGGUGACAGAGCCUCCCUGCGGUGACCGGGCUCCAGCCGUUCCCGAACCCACGAGCACACUCCCCGGAACUGCCGUGUGGCCUUCUCGGUCAGGACUGCCCUUACCUCGGGCCUGGGGGCCGGUGGCUCCGUGGCCUGUUGGUGACGGCGGUAGAGUGGGUGUUCUGGAUCCAAGGCUUCAGCUUCCUCUUCUGCCCCUUUGGCCGCCUGCCAGGCACCCAGUGACCAGUCCUGAGUGGUCUGGAUUCCGCGCCAACUUGGAAGUGACUCAUUUGGCCACAUGACCUCCUUCUCCCCAGCUUACUUAUUACUCCCCUCUUGCCCCCCACCCCCGGAACCUGACCCCUUGGUGUGGAGUAAAGUAACCAAUGUGCGCUCAUGAAUGGUUAGUGAAAUUGUGUCCUGGGAGAAUUCCAUGGGAGGGACAUGCAGAUUUUGGAGUGUAGUGAUGUACAGAAUAUAUACUAUAGAUUCCAGGCAGACAAUCAGAUGGAGAAGUGAGGCGGGGAGGCUUCUGUGGCCUUAACACGGAAUCGCGCAGUGUCUGGAAUGCAUGGGCAUCCUUUUUUUUUUUUAAAGUUGGUUUGAUUUCAGAUCUCUACCAGGUGAUGUACGAAUGUGCAUCAUUGCAGUUUGAGUGUGGUGUUUGUGUAUGUAUGAAGUCCCAGCUUGCUGCCGUGGCUUAGCAGCAGCGUCCCUGCUCUGCUCUGCAGUGUUUGCACAGCUCCUGGCGCUUGUUUGGUGGUGGGCACAAGAGUGUGACCUGCAGUGGGCCUGUGUGCCUGGAGACAGGCUGACGGGAACGUUCACCGUAGACCCUGUUUGUCCCUCCUGCUUUGGGGAUGCAGGCGUGUUUGCUCGCAGCAGCUGGGGCCGUGACUGUUCUUGCACUUGUGCCUGGUUAAGCAUUUCCAAAAGUAUGAUGGACCUCUUUGAUAUGUUAUUGUAACUUUAAUAAAUGCUUUAUUACCCUCUAAUUCACCCCCUCCCCAAUGCCUUAAUUUUUUGGACUGUUUAUCUUAAUGGGUAGAAAUUGGUCUUGUGAAAUCUUUAAAUACACAUUUCAGCCAAGUGACUGGCUCUCAGGAAAGUUUCUAAUGAUGUGGAGAGAGGAACUUUUUUGAACUGCUCGGAGGGAGCUUGCUGUUGUAGAGGGGUGCCCAGAAGGUGGCACAGAUACAAACUUCUGGCCAAGCCUGAUUUACUUAGUGGGGUUUCCAGUUUGAAGAGAAUGUGCCCCUUGCUUUCAGGCAAGGUGAAUUGUCCCCACAGUGCUGCAUGGGGGAGGUGGUGGAGAACUGUGGGCAGAACCAUUGUUUCUGGGCCUCUGUUACAUGUGACGUGUUUUGAUGGGAGGGUGAGGUAUGAAGCCUUGGGAUGGACCCAGGAGUGAAGGAACUAAAUAAAGACAUUUAUUCUUA